AUGGAAGCGGAAGCCGGCCCGUCGCGCUCCGAGCCCGUCCCCGACCAGCACCAGCCGCCGAGCGCGGGUGCCGAGAACGGCACCGCCGGAGGGAACGACGAUGGCCUCCCGCCAAACGCGUCCGAGACGCUGUACUUGCACAACCUCAACGAGAAGGUCCGGAUACCCAUCAUGAAGGAGACGCUUGCGUCGCUGUUCAAGCCGUACCACCCCCUCGGACCCAUCGUUGCGCACCGCAACGUGCGUAUGCGUGGACAAGCCUUCGUCUCGUUCCGGGACAAGGCGACCGCGGCGCUCGCGCAGAGGGAUGUGAAUGAGUUUCCGCUGUAUGGCAAGCCGAUAAUCAUCGACUUUGCCAAGACGCGGAGUGACGCGGUCAUCGAGAAGCAGGACGGCGAGGAGGCGCUAGAGGCGUGGAAGAAGGAGCGGUUGGCGGACAAGAAAACGAAGCGGAAGACAAACGUGAUCCGCGCGCGCAACAUUGCCAAGCACAAGGCGGGCGACGACACGUCUGCGCCCUCGGGCCCGGGAGCGGCCAAGAAGCCCAAACUCCAGAUGCCCGACGAGUACCUGCCGCCGAACAAUGUGCUCUUUGUCCAGAACCUGCCCGAGGGCACGACGCAGGACGACCUCCGCGAGGUCUUCGAGCAGUACCCCGGUCUCGUCGAGAUCCGUACCAUUGCCGCCAAGAAGGACAUUGCGUUCGUCGAGUACGCCGACGAGACGGCGAGUGCGGUCGCCAAGGACGCGCUGCACAAUUUCAAGAUUGACGGAGAGACUAAGAUGAAGGUGACUUUCGCCAGGAAGUAG